CAGCACUUGCUCUUACCUGUCAGUUGAAUCCACUGCUCCACACUGGCAGACCAGAAUAAUCCUACAUCGUUUCUUUGUUAGUUAGACCUGUGUGCUGACAGGAGGGAGUCUGCAGGCCUGUUUUAGUAUGGACAGCCAGGGACGGAAAGUGGUGGUCUGUGACAAUGGGACGGGGUUUGUCAAGUGUGGUUUUGCUGGAUCCAACUUCCCAGACCAUAUCUUCCCUGCCAUGGUGGGUCGACCAAUCAUACGAUCAACCACCAAAGUGGGAAACUACGAAUUAAAGGAUUUGAUGGUGGGGGAUGAGGCCAGUGAAUGUCGGUCUAUGCUGGAGAUCGCCUACCCCAUGGAGAAUGGGAUGGUGCGCUGCUGGGAUGACAUGCUCCACCUCUGGGACCACACCUUUGGCCCAGAUCGCCUCGAUAUCAACCCAUCAGAGUGCAAGAUCCUGCUGACUGAGCCGCCCAUGAACCCCACCAAGAACCGGGAGAAGAUAACAGAGAUUAUGUUUGAGAAGUACCAGUUUCAUGGGAUUUAUGUGGCGAUUCAGGCUGUGCUUACUCUGUAUGCACAAGGUCUGCUGACUGGUGUGGUCGUGGACUCGGGUGAUGGCGUCACCCACAUUUGUCCGGUCUAUGAGGGUUUUUCUUUACCCCACCUCACUCGCCGGUUGGACAUUGCUGGACGGGACAUCACACGCUACCUCAUCAAGCUGCUGUUGCUUCGUGGUUAUGCGUUCAACCACACAGCUGACUUUGAGACUGUACAAAUGCUGAAGGAGAAACUGUGCUACGUGGGAUACAACAUAGAACAGGAACAGAGACUGGCAACAGAGACCACCUACCUGGUGGAGUCCUACACGCUCCCUGACGGACGGCAGGUGCAGGUGGGUGGGGAGCGGUUCGGGGCCCCUGAAGCGCUCUUCCAGCCCCACCUCAUUAACGUGGAGGGAGCAGGAGUGGCCGAGCUGCUGUUCAACACCAUCCAGGCUGCAGACAUUGACCUCAGGGCAGACUUCUAUAAGCACAUUGUUCUGUCAGGAGGAACCACCAUGUAUCCAGGCCUUCCAUCCCGACUGGAGAGAGAGAUCAAACAGCUUUACCUGGAGAGAGUCCUGGACGGGGACACCCAGAAACUAUCAAAAUUUAAGAUCCGGAUCGAGGACCCUCCCAGGCGUAAACACUUGGUGUUCCUGGGGGGAGCUGUGCUGGCCAACAUCAUGAAAGACAAAGACUCCUUCUGGCUCAGCAGAGACGAGUACCAGGAGAAAGGCUUAGGGGUGCUGCAGAAACUAGGAGGUGGAGUUAGAUAAAUAUAAAAAAAGAAUAUAUCAGAUUGUAUGUACAGCACAAUUAUACAGCAGAGUAAAUUCAGCUUUGUGCAGUCUUAUCCUGGGUCAGUCUGACAAAGUCCUAAUGGGUCCAAAGAAUGUGUAUUUAUCACUGUUUUAUAGAUUAAAGUCAAACAUUCACUGAGUAACAACAAACUCAAAACCUCCAAAAAAAAAAAAAAGACUAUAUUAUGGGUUAUUCUUAUAUUUGUUAAA